AAAAUAUAAAAUGACGCACCUUCGGACGGAUGACAAGCCGGAGUCGGAGGAGCCAAAGUCGGUGUUCAAGGAGAGCAGCUGCAUCUUCCGGCGCAACCGAGCCCUCGGCUAUGUGAGCAACCAGGUUCCGGCGGUCACCCGCUACAUUCAGCGACGCCGGGACACGCUGCUGAUCACCUGCAUCGGCCGAUCCUUCCAGGUGUACACCGCCAAUCACUUCCGGCUGCUGCACGUCAGCGGUUUGCAUCCGGACGAGAUUACGGCCCUGGCCACCGAUCGCCUGCACACUUACUCGGCCAGCAACAAGUGCAUCUUCGCCUGGCGGGCGGGCAAACACAUCCGGCACGUUUACCGCGGCCAUCAGAAGGAUGUCCACCUCCUGCUGCCCUUCGGCUCCAAUUUGAUCGCCAUCGAUCGGGAUAAUGUGCUGAAAGUGUGGAACAUACCCACCGAGGAUGUCUACCUGGAGGUUCCCUUCCGGGCGGAGGAGUUCCUGGUCACAGCGGUGGCCCAUCCGCCCACGUACAUCAACAAGAUCGUGCUGGGCUCCCAGCAGGGCCAGCUGAAGAUCCUGAACAUCAAGAAGAACAGCGUGGUGUGCACUUUGAGCCACCACGAGAGCAGGAUAACCUGCAUCGAGCCUGCACCCGCUCUGGAUGUCGUGGCCGUGGGUCAUGGGGAUGGUGCCAUCAUCCUGCUGAACCUCAAGUUCGACGAGGUGCUGAUGAGCUUCCAGCAGGAUUGGGGCCAGGUCACCAGCCUCUCCUUCCGCACCGACGGACCACCCAUCCUGGUGUCGGCCUGCAGCAAUGGCUACAUGGCCUUCUGGAAUCUGGAGGAGCGCAAGCUGGCCGGCCAGCUGCAGGCGCACGAGGAGCCGGUGACCACGGCCAUCUGCCUGCCCAGCGAACCGGUGGUGUUCACCACCUCGCCCGACAACUCCAUGAAGAUGUUCAUCUUCGAUAUGCCCGAUAAUGGGGCUCGGCAGCUGAGGAUUCGCGAGGGCCAUACAAAGCCGCCAUUGUGCAUUCGCUACCAUGGAAACUCGGGCGUCUCGAUUCUCUCCUCCGGCGAGGACAGCACCAUGCGGGUGUUCUCCACCAUCUCCGAGUCGCUGAACAAGAGCAUGGGCAGGGCCACCUACAAUACAAAGGCUACGAAAAAGAAGAAUCGCUUCCAGUUCGACAAGUUUGGCAUGCCGCCCAUCCUGGAGUUCACCUCGGACACGGCCCGCGAGAAGGAGUGGGAUAACAUUGCCGCCAUCCAUGCGGGCGUUAUUCAGACCACCACCUGGACCUUCGCCAAUAGCCGCAUGGGCGAGCACCGUCUGGUGCCGCAGCAAUUCCAGAACAAGAACCGCACGGACUUCCAAAGCGAGACCACUUGCCUCGUGCUGACGCACUGCGGCAACUUUGUGAUCAUCGGCUAUAGUAGUGGCCACAUCGAGCGCUUCAACAUCCAGUCGGGCAUCCACAGAGCUAGCUACGGUUCUCCGGGCCACAAGAUGGCUGUGCGCGGCCUGGCCAGCGACAACCUCAAUCAGACUGUCAUCUCUGGCUGUUCGGAGGGGCUGCUCAAGUUCUGGCCGUUUAAAGGAAAGGGUUUCCUCCUUGCUGUUGACAAACCCCUGGCUGUUUUACGCCUGGCCGAUGGAAUUUCCCUAAUGCGACAGCAUCGCGAGAGCUCCAUGCUGGCCAUCGGCCUGGAAACAUUCAAGGUCUUUGUGGUGGACAUGCACACGCGGGUGAUCGUGCGCAAGUUCGUCGGUCACACGGCCAAGCUGAAUGACCUCACCUUCAGUCCCGACAGUCGUUGGCUGAUCACCGCCGCCAUGGACUCGACGAUCAAGGUGUGGGACAUACCCUCCUCCUACAUGGUGGAUCACUUCCGCGUGCAGACGCCCUGCGUUUCGCUGAGCAUGUCGCCCAAUGGUGAUUUUCUGGCCACCGCACAUGUGGGUCUUCUGGGCAUUUACCUGUGGGCCAACAAGACGCUCUUCAAUCAGGUUUCCCUGCGCUCCAUCGAUCCCUUGGAGGCGGCUCCCUAUGUGGGUUUGCCCACGAACGUGUGCGAUGCCAUGGAACUGGAGGAUGGCAUGCAGGAGCUGGAGAUUGACGAGGACGAGGACGAAUCGAAACUCGGCGAGCUGGUCGAUGCCAAGUACGAGACUCCAACUCAGCUCUCCGACGAGUUAAUAACGCUAUCUGGAUUGGCUGCGUCCCGCUGGCAGAAUUUGUUGGACUUAGAACUCAUUAAGCAACGCAAUAAACCCAAGGCGCCGCCAAAGGCACCCAAGCAGGCUCCCUUUUUCCUGCCCACCGUUUCGGGACUGGAGCUGCGAUUCGAUGUACAGAAUGGCGAAAAGGAGGAGGGCAACUCCCGCAUCCGAAAGGCUUCUACGCUCAAUAAUCUAACCGCCUUUGGCCAGCUGCUGGAGGAAACAUCCGAUAGCCUGGAUUUCGCACCCGCUGUGGCGCACUUGACCCAAUUAGGUCCCUCGAUGGUGGACUUUGAGAUCAAAUCACUGCACCCCGAGGCUGGGGGAACACUGCUCGCCAUGCUGCAGUUCCUCAAACUUGUGGAGUUCAUGUUUGGUACCAAUCUGAACUUUGAGCUGGCUCAAUCCUACCUGAGUGUCUUCCUGCGAUCCCACGGUCUCGGAUUGACGGAGUCCGCGGAGUUGGUGAAGGCGCUGCGCAGUGUUGCCCAGGUGCAGCAGGAGGCUUGGCGGCGAGUGGAGGAGAAGCUGAUCUACGGCACUGGAGUUGUGGCUGCACUCCGGAACUUUGCGCAUUAG